GUUGACAAAUCGAUCUGUCAAAAUAUCGCAGCAGCGCGUUUAUUUGUUGUUUUCUCAUAUCCUAAAAAAAAAUAUUUAAUAAAUAAAUAACAAGAAACUUAAAUAACAAAAUAAAUACAGUAGAAUGUUUUCGUUAGCGAAAGUAACUCACCCACCGACUGGUGUGGAAUACGCUAUAAACUGCCGGUUCUUCAACAGCACCGACGAGAAUCUCGUCACGGCCGGCACAAACAUCCUCAAAGUGUAUCGCAUUUUCCCCGAUGUCGACCCAGCCAUACGAGCCAAAAACAUCGAAGUCCUCAAUCCCAAAAUGAAGCUAGAAUGUUUGGCUUCGUACACACUAAACGGUAAUGUUAUGUCUCUGGAGCGAGUGACUCUAUCUGGAUCUCUGCGUGAUGCUCUAUUGAUAAGCUUCAAAGAAGCCAAGUUAUCAGUGCUGCAAUAUGACCCCGAUACAUUUUCUCUCAAGACUCUCUCACUGCAUUACUUUGAGGAAGACGACAUAAAAGGUGGAUGGACUGGGAGGCACUUCACUCCCACAGUUCGUGUGGAUCCGGACAACAGAUGCGCGGUAAUGUUGGCUUACAGUAAGAAAUUGAUUGUUCUGCCUUUCAGAAAAGACAAUAGUUUGGAUGAAAUUGAGCUGCCCGAUGUCAAGCCCAUCAAAAAGACUCCCACCCAACUGAUAUCCCGAACUCCCAUCCUAGCUUCGUACAUAAUUUCGCUCAAAGAUCUCGACGAGAAGAUUGACAAUGUCGUGGACAUUCAGUUUUUGUUUGGCUACUACGAGCCAACUCUGCUCAUUCUCUAUGAGCCAGUCAAAACAUUCCCUGGACGGAUUGCCGUGCGCUCGGAUACCUGUGUCAUGGUAGCGAUAUCUCUGAACAUUCAGCAACGAGUUCAUCCGGUUAUCUGGACCGUCACUGGUCUGCCCUUCGAUUGCUUUCGUCUUCUCGCUAUUCAGAAGCCAAUUGGUGGCUGUUUGGUGGCAUCCACCAAUGCACUGAUGUACUUAAACCAAAGUGUGCCCCCAUACGGUGUGAGCUUGAACAGCAUCGCCGACAAUAGCACAACCUUCCCUCUCAAGCCCCAAGACGGAGUUAAGAUAACCCUGGACACGGCGAAGUUCGUUUUCAUCGAUGCUGACAAGAUUGUCAUUUCCCUUAAAGGAGGUGAGCUCUAUGUGCUGACACUUUGCGUCGACUCCAUGCGCAGUGUUCGUAAUUUCCACUUCAACAAAGCGGCUGCUAGUGUCCUGACCAGUUGCAUUUGCGUCUGCCAGGAGGAGUACCUGUUUCUGGGAUCCCGGCUGGGAAAUUCCCUGCUUCUGCACUUCACAGAGGAAGAUCAGAGCACUGUAAUAACCAUCGACGAUACUGAUGUGGAAAAAGACAAGGAAGCUCCAAAGAAGCGAUCCGAAGACGAAGAGCUUGAGGUGUAUGGAUCGGGAAUAAAGACCUCCGUCCAGCUGCGCAAGUUUGUCUUCGAGGUGUGCGACAGUAUCUUGAAUGCCGGGCCCAUUGGGUUCAUGUGCGUUGGUGAACGAGUCGAGGUCGAAGACGAAACUCCUCAUCGACUGGCCGAGAACGUGGCCGAUGUUAAGAUGGAAAUAGUCUGCUCCAGUGGCUACGGCAAAAAUGGAGCCCUCUGUGUCAUGGUGAGCACGAUAUUCCCGCAGAUCAUCACGAGCUUUGAGCUGCAAGGAUGUUUCGAAGUGUGGACGGUAUUUGAUGAUCCCAAUAAAAAAGCCCAAGGCCUAGCCGACCACCAUGACUUUAUGAUUCUCAGUCAGAAGUCAAGUACUUUGGUCCUAGAGACUGGUGAUGAAAUCAAUGAGAUUGAGAAUUCCGGCUUCAGUGUGAAUCAGCCGACGAUUUUUGUUGGCAAUCUGGGCAACCACCGGUUCAUCAUUCAAGUGACCACGAGAAAUGUGCGACUGCUGCAGGGAACUCGCCUCAUUCAGAAUGUUCCCAUCGAUGUGGGAUCGCCAAUGGUGGAGGUAUCCCUGGCCGAUCCAUAUGUGUGCAUACGUGUGCUCAGUGGACAGGUUAUCACGUUGGCUCUGCGAGAAACCAAAGGAACUCCCCGAUUGGCCAUCAACAAGAACACAAUCAGUACAAUUCCCGCCGUUGUAUCGAUUUCAGCUCUAAAGGAUGUCUCAGGCUUGUUCACUUCCAAAUGUGAGGAUGUCAUGAAUCUAACUGGAUCGGGGUCGUCCCUAUAUGGCAGUGGCUUUGGCUACAUGAAAGCUGAACCGAACAUGAAGACAGAAGACGAGGAAGAGAUGCUCUACGGGGAGUCUGGUAACGCUCUCAAGAUGAAGAAUCUUGCAGACCUGGCAAAGAAAUCACGAUCGAAGAACAGUGACUGGUGGAGACGACUUCUUACCCAAUCCAAACCAAGUUACUGGCUUCUGGUCUCCCGAGAUAACGGCAAUUUAGAGAUUUAUUCAAUGCCUGACCUGAAGCUGAUGUACCUUAUCACGAACGUUGGCAAUGGCGCGGAUGUCCUCACCGACUCCAUGGAAUUCGUUCCGAUGCCGCUCAACAAUCAGGGAGAAAGUAGCAAGGCGGGAAUUCUACUCAAUUGCAUGCCACAGAACUUGAACGUCCCAGUUCCCAUUGAGAUUAUGAUUGUUCCGCUGGGGAACCAAGGCAACCGCCCUUUGCUACUCAUCCGUACACGACUGGAAAUAAUGAUAUACCAGGUGUUCCGGUACAUGAAGGGUCAUUUAAAGAUCCGUUUCAAGAAAAUACACACCAUUAACCAAGUGGACAACACCGAGAAGAUGAUCGAGGAUGUGGAAGACCAUGAUCCUUUCCAUUUGCAUGAUGAGUACGUAAACAAAAUGCAUUACUUCACCAAUAUCUCUGGCCUGAAUGGGGUAGCGGUGUCGGGUAUCAAUCCCUGCUUCAUGUUCCUGACCAUCAAAGGAGAAUUGCGUGUCCACAAACUCUACGGCAAUGCCACCAACAAAAGCUUCGCUCCCUUCAACAACAUCAAUUGUCCAGGUGGAUUUCUAUUCUUCGACAAUUCCUUUAAUUUAAAAAUUGCUGUUCUCCCCAAUUACCUCACCUUUGAUGCUCCCUGGCCCAUCCGAAAGGUUCCUCUACGCUGUACUCCACGUCAAAUUGUCUACCACAGGGAAAACCGUGUCUAUUGUGUGGUCACCCAGACCGAAGAGGUGACAAACAAGUACUAUCGAUUCAAUGGCGAAGAUAAGGAGCUGACUGAGGAGAACAAAGGAGAGAGGUAUAUUUAUCCCACAAGGUCGAAGUUUAGUGUUGUUCUGAUAUCGCCAAAUACCUGGGAAAUGGUUCCGGAUGCCUCGAUCGAUUUGGAAGAGUGGGAACACGUGACUGCCUUCAAGAUAGUCUCUCUGGCCUAUGAAGGAACACGGUCUGGUCUGAAGGAGUACCUUUCGAUUGGAACAAACUUCAACUACAGUGAGGACAUAACAUCUCGAGGAAAUAUCUACAUCUACGAUAUCAUCGAAGUUGUUCCGGAACCUGGUAAACCUUUGACAAAAUUCAAGUUGAAAGAAGUCUUCAAGAAGGAACAAAAGGGACCUGUCUCUGCCAUUGCCGAUGUUCUUGGCUUCCUCAUAACUGCCUUGGGACAAAAGAUUUACCUGUGGCAACUCAAAGACGACGAUCUCAUAGGUGUCGCCUUCAUAGACACUCAUAUCUAUGUCCAUCGAAUCAUCUGUGUCAAGUCGUUGAUCCUCAUUGCCGAUGUCUACAAAUCGAUCAGUAUUCUUCGCUUCCAAGACGAAUAUCGAACACUAUCGUUGGUUUCGAGAGAUCUGCAGCCACUGGAAGUCUAUGACAUUGAAUUCGUUGUGGAUAGCACGAAUUUGGGAUUUUUCGUAACCGAUGCCGAUGAGAACUUCAUCGUCUAUAUGUAUCAACCAGAAUCGCGUGAAUCCUUCGGUGGACAAAAACUCAUUCGCAAAGCCGACUUCCAUCUCGGCCAAAAAGUCAACACAAUGUUCCGAGUGCAAUGCCAUCAGAAGGGUCCACACCAACGACAUCCGUUCUUCUUUGAAAACAAACACAUGAUUGUUUUUGGCACAUUGGAUGGUGGAAUCGGUUAUUGUUUGCCUCUGCCCGAGAAGACCUACAGAAGGCUAUUGAUGUUGCAAAAUGUCCUCCUAACACAUAAAGAACAUUUGGCCGGACUCAAUCCAAAGGAAUUCAGGACGUUAAAGAGUUCACGGAAACUAACAACAAAUCCUUGUCGAUGUAUAGUGGAUGGGGAGUUGAUUUGGUCAUACUUUUCCCUACCCCACACAGAGAAGCAGGAAGUGGCGAAGAAAAUCGGCACCAAAUUGGAAGAUCUUUAUUUGGAACUUUUAGAUGUUGAUAGAGUGACGAAUAUAUUCUAGAUCUAAAGAGAUGAAAUAAAAUUAUUUUUUAAAAUAGUCUUAA